AUGGAUGGGAUGCGCUUCCUGAUCCUUUGGGGCUGCUAUUGCUCCGUUCGAGUCUAUCCCGCCGACUAUCCGCCCGACUCGCGGACCAACGUCCCCGAUCCCUCGCAAUUCAGGAUGCACGACUUCCAGGAAGAGUACAUCACCACCCCCGACGGCGUCAAGCUACAUAUGUAUGUCAUCUAUGCACGCAAGUCCAGCGCCCGUUUCGACAUCCGCUCCUUCAGCUCCACCAAUAUCUCGGACUACACCCUGCUCUAUUUCCACGGCAACGGAGGCAAUAUGGGCCAUCGUCUGCCGGUUGCAGCCCAGUUUCUGGAAUCCUUAAAGUGCAACAUCGUCAUGCUCUCGUAUCGAGGCUACGGCAAGAGCGAGGGCAAGCCCGACGAAACUGGACUGAAAACGGACUCGUACUGCGCCCUCGACUUUAUCAAGCAGCAUCCUCUCCUCAAAAGCACCAGGGUUGUGCUCUACGGCCAGUCCCUGGGUGGUGCCGUUGCCGUCCAUCUGGCCUCCAAGCGGUCGCCGGAUAUUGCUGGCCUGAUCAUCGAGAAUACCUUCCUGAGUCUGCCCAAGCUGAUUCCCCACCUGAUGCCCAUGCUUCGCUAUCUCUCGUUUUUGUGCCAUCAAGUCUGGGAUUCAGAGAGCGACAUUCAGCUGGUCGAUCCCACCGUCCCGAUGCUUUUCCUGAGCGGCAGCAGAGACCAGCUCAUCCCCCAGAGUCAUCUGCGACAGCUUUACGUGACCGCAGCCAGGAGCAUGCAAAGCAAAGACCGCCGACUUGCCGUUGUCCAGUGGUCCGAGUUCCCCAACGGCGCCCACGACGACACAUGCAUCCAGUCCGGAUAUUUCGAAGCCAUCCAGGAGUUUUGGUGUCAGCACAUUGUCGAGCCCGCGGCGCUAUAG